CACCAGCUGGUUCUUGAAAUUUGGUUUUCUGGGUGAUGUCGCAUCCGAGAACUCAGAUGGCAAUCUUGAAGCGGCGGUCUCCUUCAUGCUCCUUGAUCACCUUGACGAUGAUGGCGUGGUUAUGGAGUUCUCAUGUGGUUCCGAGGGUAGCCGGUUGUGACGGCUUCGACGAGCUCUUUCAACCCAAUUGGGCUCCUGAGCACUUCGAGUGUGAAGGGGACCAAACGAAGUUGGCUCUUGAUUCUUCUUCUGGUUGUGGGUUUGGGUCCAGGAAGACAUACCUGUUCGGACUGACUAGCGUGCAAAUUAAGCUGGUCCAAGGCGAUUCAGCCGGAACAGUAACGGCAUUCUACAUGUCUUCGGACGGGCCCAACCAUGAUGAGCUUGACUUCGAGUUUCUGGGAAACCUAUCCGGAGAACCUUACCUUGUACAAACCAACGUCUAUGUCAACGGCACCGGAGAUAGAGAGCAAAGGCACAGUCUUUGGUUCGACCCUACCACGGAUUUUCACACCUACUCUUUGUUCUGGAACCGGCGUUAUAUCACGUUUCUGGUCGAUGGAAUUCCUAUAAGAGUGUUCGCGAACAAGGAAGAGUCACACGGCGUGCCAUAUCCGAAGAACCAGCCUAUGCGAGUCCUUGGUUCGGUGUGGAACGCGGACGAUUGGGCUACGCAAGGAGGGAGGGUGAAGACGAACUGGAGCCAUGCGCCUUUUGUCUCUUCGUUCAGGGCCUUCGACAUCGACGCCUGUGAGCUGUCGCCGGAGACAGCCGACGUCACGACCAAGUGCGGGCAAUUAGGGCGAUACUGGUGGGACAGGCCGUCAUUCAACGAGUUAGGCCGGCGCUGGAGCCGACAACUGAAGUGGGUGUUGGAGAAAUCUUCUUGA